AUGGCACACCAUCACCACAGCUGUGAGGCGGAACACCACGACCAUGUGCCGCCGGCGCGCACGAGCGCGCAGCAGUCGCUGUACCAGUGGAUCGAUGUUCCGAGCAUGCGAUGCCUGAACGUCGUGGCGAAGGGCGCCGCGGCGUCGGUGCCGGCCGGGAUAAUCAAGAGCAAUGACGAGCGGUACGACAUCUCGCGGUACGUGGAGUCAGACGCGGACUGCCAGAUGCUGCUGCACAUCCCGUUCACGACCAGCUGCAGACUGUACUCGAUCAUUCUGCGCAGUGCGAAGGGCGGCGAGGCGGGGAUUGGGUGUAUGCGCCAUGUCAAGAUAUACAGUAACCUGAACCAGAACCUCGACUUCGACACGGUGAGCGAACUCAAGCCGAGUAACGUGCUGGAGUACCCGCAGAACGUGGGCGUCUAUCUUGGGGGCAGCCAGGCGGAGGAGCGGGGCGAGCAUUCCUUUGUAGAGCACCACUUGCCGCGGCACCAGUUCCAGAACUGCCACUCUUUGACAAUUUUUGUCGAGGACACAUGGUCUGGCGAUGAGGACGAGCCCACACAGCUGUGCUACCUUGAAUUGAGGGGGGAGAGCACCGGGCUUAAGCCGGAGAGCGGCGCGGCGCUGUUGCGGACCGUCUACGAGGCUGCCCCGAACCCUGCUGAGCAUGUAAAACUGGAGUCGGAACACGAAAGGCUCCAUCUAGGCAUGUAA